UCCAUCUCGACUCACUGCCAUCACCGGAUACCUCGACGAAUACAAUCACAUCCUCUCGACCACCCAACACCGAUAAAACCUCCUCACCGCCACCAUGGCCAGCGGCUACGACCGCGCCCUCUCCGUCUUCUCCCCCGAUGGCCACGUCUUUCAGGUCGAAUAUGCUCUCGAAGCCGUCAAGCGCGGCACCUGCGCCGUAGCAGUCAAGGGCGCCGACGUCGUCGUUCUAGGCUGCGAGAAGCGAUCCGCCCUCAAACUCCAAGACACCCGCAUCACUCCUUCCAAGAUCAGCAUGGUCGACACCCACGUCUGCCUCGCCUUCGCCGGUCUCAACGCCGAUGCACGCAUUCUCGUCGACAAAGCUCGUCUCGAAGCGCAAUCACAUCGUCUCACUGUGGAGGAUCCCGUCAGCAUUGAGUACAUCACCAAAUAUGUGGCCGGCGUGCAACAGCGAUACACCCAGAGUGGAGGAGUGCGGCCGUUUGGCAUCUCCACGCUCAUCGUGGGUUUCGAUCCUGGCAGCAAGGAGGCCAGACUAUACCAGACCGAGCCAUCAGGCAUCUACUCCGCAUGGAAAGCCAACGCCAUCGGCCGCUCCUCCAAAACCGUCCGCGAAUUCCUCGAACGCAAUCACAAAGACGCCAUGCCUCGCGACGACACAAUCGAGCUGACCAUCAAGUCCCUCCUUGAAGUCGUGCAGACCGGAGCCAAGAACAUCGAGAUCGCCAUCAUGGCACCAGGCAAGGGCGUGGAGAUGCUGGCGGGUGAGGAGAUUGAGAAGAUUGUGGAGAAGAUCAACACGGAGAAGGAUGCUGCUGCGGAGGCGAACGCGAGCCGGAGAGGAGGUGCUAGAGGUGCUGCGGCGGCGGGUGAUGCGAGCAGUGCGGAUGGUGCGGCGCAAGUGCUGGCAAACAGACCUGCUGGCGGCGCGGAGUAG